UAAUUUCUUAUCUCUAAUUUUGUUCAGGUUGGGCAUGUCAAGAGAGGAAUCUGUGAAACUCACUUCUGGACCAAACAAUGAUGGAGCUGAAAGUAGUUCUUCAUGUGGAACCUCUGGCCUACCUGGUUCUUCUGCACAGACUGUCCUGGAAGAACAACAGCCAAAAAGCAUGAAAAGUCCAGCUUCUCCAGAGCCUGAUUUUUGUGCUACUCUUUGUCCUAUGGUAGAGGUCCCAGCUAAGGAUGUAAUGGCAGAAUCAGAGUCAGAGGAUAUCUUGAUCCCUGAAGAAUCUGUGAUUCAGGAAGAAAUUGCAGAAGAGGUAGAAACUAGUAUUUGUGAAUGCCAGGAUGAAAAUCAUAAGACAAUACCCGAAUUUUCUGAGGAGUCUGAAAGCCCAGCCAACUCUCAUGAAGAACCCCAAAUAGCACCUCCUGAAGAUAACUUGGAAUCCUGUGUUAUGAUGAAUGAUGUUUUAGAAACUUUGCCGCAUAUCGAAGUUAAGAUAGAAGAGAAAUCAGAACCUCCCCAGGAAGAAAUGUCAGUUGUUAUUGAUCAGUUAGAAGUCUGUGACUCUCUUCUUCCUUCCACUCCGUCUGUGACUCAUGUCAGUGACACAGAACAUAAGGAGCCAGAAACUGCAAUAGAUAACAAUACUGCAAAAAUAAAAACAGGGUCAUCUUCUCUAGAAGCCCAGUUUCCAAAUGAAGGAAUUUCUGUAGAUAUGGAGCUACAGAGCGAUCCUGAUGAACAGCUUUCUGAAAAUGCUUGCAUCUCUGAAACUUCUUUCUCUUCAGAGAGCCCAGAAGGAGCCUGUACCAGCCUGCCAUCCCCAGGAGGGGAAACCCAGUCCACGUCAGAAGAAUCAUGUGCUCCAGCCUCGCUUGAGACAACGUUUUGUUCUGAGGUGUCCAGCACUGAAAAUACAGACAAAUAUAAUCAGAGAAACCCAACUGAUGAAAACCUUCAUACGUCUCUGAUGUCAGACAUAUCUCCAAUAUCCACUUCACCUGAAAUAUCUGAAGCAUCUCUUAUGUCCAACUUACCAUUAACAUCUGAAGCAUCGCCAGUAUCCAACUUACCUUUGACAUCAGAAACAUCACCGAUGUCGGAUUUACCUUUGACAUCAGAAACUUCUUCAGUGUCUUCCAUACUUCUCACAUCUGAGACCACUUUUGUGUCCAAUUUGCCACUUCCUUCACAAACAUCUCCAAUUUCUAAUUCUUCCAUAAAUGAAAGAAUGCACCAACAAAGAAAGUCACCUUCCAUAUCUGAAGAACCACUCUCUCCACAGAAGGAUGAGCCUUCUGCCCCUGCAAAACCCCUGGGAGAGAACCUUACCUCCCAGCAGAAGAUUCUAUCCAGUGCUCCUGAACCAAUCAACACGAGUUCUUCUUCCAUUGCUCCCGAAGCCUUUCCAUCGGAAGAAUUGCAUAGUAAGACCCUGAGUCAGCAGCCUUGUAAAUCACAUGUUGAAAUGGAGAAGCCCUAUCCUGCUUCUAUUCCAGAACUCCCUUCUACUGAAAUGAUAAAAAUUAAAAAUCACAGCGUCCUGCAAAGGACAGAAAAGAAAGGAAUAUCCUCACCAUUAGAAUUAUCUGUCUUCUCUGAAGAGACAGAGAGUAGAGGAAAUGAGCUUCCAUCAGCUAAAUUACAGGACAAACAGUAUGUCUCAUCAGUAGAUAAGGCUUCAUUUUCAGAAGGCUCUAGAAAUAAAACACACAAGCAAGGGAUCACACAGAAUUGGUUGGAGACCUCACAUACUUCCAAGUUUUCAGAGCCCUCCAGGUCACCUGAUGGGAUAAGAAAUGAAAACAGAGAUUCAGAGAUAUCAAAGAGGAAAACUGCAGAGCAGCACAGUUUUGGAAUCUGUAAGGAAAAGAGAGCAAGGAUAGAAGAUGAUCAGUCAAUCCGGAACAUAUCAUCUAGCAGCUCACCUGAGAAAGAGCAGCCUCCAAGAGAGGAACCCAGAGUCCCCCCUCUCAAGAUCCAGCUUUCCAAAAUUGGGCCACCUUUCAUUAUCAAGAGCCAACCAGUGUCCAAACCAGAGUCUCGAGCAUCCACUAGCACAUCCGUCAGUGGGGGGAGGAAUACAGGAGCCAGGACCCUCGCAGAUAUCAAGGCCCGUGCCCAACAAGCCCGGGCCCAGCGGGAGGCUGCUGCAGCUGCUGCUGUAGCCGCUGCAGCAAGCAUCGUCUCUGGAGCCAUGGGGAGCCCAGGAGAGGGUGGAAAGGUGAGAACUCUAGCACACAUUAAAGAGCAGACAAAGGCUAAGCUCUUCGCAAAGCAUCAAGCCCGAGCCCACCUCUUCCAGACCUCAAAGGAGACCCGGUUGCCUCCACUCAGCUCAAAGGAAGGGCUUCCAAACUUAGAAGUCUCCUCUACCCCUGAAACAAAAAUGGAAGGUUCAACUGGUGUCAUUAUAGUCAAUCCAAACUGCAGAUCUCCUAGCAACAAGUCUGUGCACCUCCGGGAGACCACCACUGUAUUACAGCAGUCUCUUAACCCCACUAAACUUCCAGAAACUGCCACUGACUUAUCUGUGCAUAGUUCUGAUGAAAACAUAGCAGUGUCACAUUUAUCUGAGAAAAUUGUUUCAUCUACCUCUUCUGAAAAUAGCAGUGUGCCCAUGCUUUUUAAUAAAAAUUCUGUCCCUGUGUCUGUUUGCAGCACUGCUAUAUCAGGAGCAAUUAAAGAACAUCCCUUUGUGAGUUCUGUUGAUAAAUCCUCUGUUCUAAUGUCUGUUGACAGUGCAAACACUACAACUUCUGCUUGUGAUAUAAGCAUGUUAAAAACUAUCCAGGGAACUGACACUCCAUGCAUAGCCAUUAUACCAAAAUGUAUUGAAAGCACUGCUCUUCCGGCCACUACAGAGGGCUCUGGCAUAUCGAGCUCCAUGAAUGAUAAGCAGUUGUUAAUAUCAAACAGCAAUGCCAGUAACUUAGUCACCAGUCAGUACACUUCUGUGCCAACUCCCUCCAUUGGAAGUAAUUUGCCAAACCAUCUCUCCACUAGCUCUGUCUUGAUUCCCCCAAAGGGCAUUAGCAACAGAUUUCAUUCUGAGAAGAUAGCCAUGCCUGGGAGUGAAGAACAGGCCACCAUAUCCAUGGGUACCACUGUGAGAGCAGCCCUCAGCUGCAGUGAUUCAGUAGCAGUCACAGACUCUCUGGUGGCACGCCCACCCGUCGCAAUGUUUACUGGAAACAUGCUAACAAUAAACUCUUAUGACAGUCCUCCCAAGUUAAGUGCCGAAAGCUUGGACAAAAAUUCAGGGCCUCGAAACAGGGCAGACAGUUCUGGGAAACCUCAGCAGCCACCCGGGGGCUUUGCCCCAACAGCCAUAAACAGAUCUAUUCCGUGCAAAGUCAUUGUUGACCACAGCACCACGUUGACCUCCAGUUUGUCUUUGACUGUCUCCAUUGAAAGUGCAGAAGCCAGCGGGGACCUCCAGAACAGGGCAGCAAAGACUGAGGCCUGCAUACAGCCUACGGCGUGUCCUCAGGUAUCUGUUAUCAGCAGGCCUGAGCCAGUUGCAACUGAAGGCGGAGAUCAUGGUUCUAGUCUCACUGGGGCUUCUGCAGUAAACCAAGACUGUAAAACAUUGAAGGCCACCUGCACAGGUCUUCGGGAAUUAUCCCUUGUGGUUCCAGAUAAGUUAAAUGAGGCGACUGCUCCUAGUCAUAGCUUUGCUGAGCAGGCACGUGGCCCAACUACUUUUAAAAGUGAAGCAGACACAACCUGUAGCAAUCAGUAUAACCCAGGUAACCGGAUUUGCUGGAAUGAUGAUGUGAUGAGGAGCACAGGACAACCUUUGGUUAGUCACUCGGGUUCAAGUAAACAGAAGGAAUACAUAGAGCAGAGCUGUCCAAAGGCUAUCAAAACUGAACACGCCAGCUACUUGAACAUGUCAGAACUUCACUCUAGGAAUCUCAUAACAAAUGUCACUCUUCCUGUGAAAUCUGAACUUCACGAAGUGGACAAGGGCUUUAGAAUGGACACAGAGGGCUUCCCUGGUCCUGAGCUGCCUCCUCCGGCUUCAGAGGUAGCCUCUAGUACACAACAAACACAGAACGUGAAAGCUUCCACCAUGAGUCCCAUGGAAGAGGUUGUUUCCUUGGCUACGGACACCCUGAAAAGAGUUCCCAGUGCAGCAAGCUCGAGCUGUCGUCUGUCAUCUGUGGAGGCUAACAAUCCACUAGUGACACAGUUACUACAGGGCAACCUGCCUUUGGAGAAAGUGUUGCCACAGCCCAGGUUGGGAGCCAAGCUCGAAAUCAACAGGCUUCCUUUGCCUCUUCAAACUACCUCAGCGGGUAAAACAGCAGCAGAGAGGAACGUCGUUGAAAUGCCGUCCAGCUCUCCAAAUCCAGAUGGUCGGGGCUACUUGGCUGGGACCAUUGUACCACUGCAAAUGAGGAAGCGAGAAAACCACCCCAAAAAGAGAGUUGCCAGGACUGUGGGGGAACACACCCAAGUGAAAUGUGAACCAGGGAAAUUGUUGGUGGACCCAGAUAUUAAAGGGGUGCCUUGUGUCAUCAAUGCCAGCAUGGCUCAGCUAGGACACAGCCAGCCAUUUAAGCAAGAAUGGCUGAACAAGCACUCCAUGCAGAACAGAAUUGUUCACAGCCCUGAGGUCAAACAGCAGAAGCGGCUGCUCCCCUCAUGCAGCUUCCAGCAGAACCUGUUCCAUGUCGACAAGAACGGUGGCUUCCACCCUGAUGCUGGUACGUCCCACAGACAGCAGUUUUACCAAAUGCCUGUGGCUGCCAGGGGCCCCAUUCCUACUGCAGCUCUAUUGCAGGCCCCUUCCAAGACCCCAGUGGGUUGUAGUGCAUUUACCUUCAAUAGGCAUCUGGAACAAAAGGGAUUGGGAGAGGUCAGCCUUUCUCCAGCACCUCACCAACUAAGGUUGGCCAACAUGUUAUCCCCCAGUAUGCCGAUGAAAGAAGGUGACGAGGUGGGAGGUACUGCCCACGCAAUGCCAAACAAAGCGUUAGUGCAUCCGCCACCACCUCCCCCU